AAGUGGGAUCUUGUUGUGGUUUGACUUGUGUCCCUGGUGGCUAAUAUUGUUGAGCACUCUUUCACGUACGUGCUCCUUGGCCAAAGAAUCUACAUUUUUAACAAUGACCCUCUGUCCCACCCCUACGCAAGGAAUUCUGGCAGGUGGGUUCCACCCAUCACUCUUGGAGAGCAUUUCCAAGUUCAACCAUAAAAAGUCCCCCUGGAGUCUUCUUGGCUUAUCCAGGGUGGGUCUCUUGCUCCAAGAUUCUGAACCUAAGUGGCCUUAUUUCAUCUAGGGCUCAGCUUGUUCCUAACUGAUCGGUUCCUAUGUGGAUUUGCACAAGACAGGAUCUGGGUUUCCCAAGCAGGCUGUCAAAGCUAAACGAGUGACAGAUUUGUGACCAGAAAACACACGGACAUUAGUGGAGAAAAGGCACAACAAGAAGGCAGAUUUCCCCCUUCCCCAUUCAGCAGGGACUUGACUAAGGAGGUCCAUAGCUGUUUGUUCCUACCAGCACAUAGUUCUUUGUAUUAAUAGACUUCCUCCUCACUAUAAGGGGAUGCAGGCUUUGGCCAGAGCCUGGCCUGGGCUGGCUUUCUCUCCCUGAAGCUGGUCUUGCCCAUCAUCUCACAGUGGGUCUGAGGACACUGCCAGUGCCAGUGAUGCUGAAAAAGAUCUGCCUGUGCAUAAGGUAAUUGACCCUUCCUUGGCCAGCCCUGCUUCCCUGCAGCCAGGCUCAGAAGAUUCUGCUGUGGCGUCCUGGAUCUUACAGGAUGUACCUGUAUUCCAGUGAUCCAGGUAGCACCAGGAGCCCAUGGCUUGCUGAAGGGGCAUUUCUUAGCUAGUGCUGAGAGUGGUUCCUUGAGAGUUCUCUGGGGGAGGGAAAAGGCGUUGUGAGGGUGGAUCAGCCUCCAUCCUCCCAGUCUCAGCACAGAGCUCCUGCCCCAGAAGGGAAUGCAGGUGUGUUGUCUAAGGAUGGAGCCCAGAUCUGUAUGUUUAGUCUCACUGCUUCUGGGCAGAUAGGAGAAACUGUGGAGCAGGGGACUUGAACCCUAAGGCCCUCCCUGGCCUGUCCCAGCCCUGAACACAGAACCAUUGGUAGCUUCCACACAAGAGGAGGCAAGGCACCUCUGCCCCCAAAGUACCUUCCCCUGUCCACUCUGCCCCCAUGCACCUCUCCUCUGCCCCACAAUGCUUCAGUGUCCAGGGUCUCAAUUACUCUUUCAAGUAAUUACAGUCCCCCCCACCAAGCUCCUUGGAUGGAAUAGAGGCGCCUUUCACGGUGCACACAGCACAGAGAGGAUGCACAGUCAGCUUCCGGCAGCCAGCCACACAUGAACUGGGGACACUGUCCCCUGCUGGCCCCUGGAAGGAAUGGGAUUCAUAUUGCCCCAGGGGAAUUGGGGCACAUUGUGAAGAGGAGAGAAACAGCAUUAAGAGGAAGUAUACACAGAUGGGGGUCCCCAAAGAUGGUAGGUGAGUGGGGACCCCAGAGUUGGUGGUGUUCACAGGAGCCCUGUGUUUACACGUCCCAGUUCCACAGAGUGCUCAGGGCAGAUGUGUCACCCAACCCGGCACCUUACACUGCAGGUCACAGGUGCACAGGGCUGCGCUGCACUGGGGCACUCACCCGGGGCCAAGUCGGACCCCGGCUCCUUUUAAGGUGCAGUGAACAGUGCGUGCAAGCUUUAACAAGCUCUGUGCAUCUUCACCCCAACCCUGCUUCUGUGCUGUUUGGACAUUUGCACCAGGUGGCAUGUUCUGUGGAGCCCGGCACUGGGCCGGGCUGUGAGGACAUUACUUUCCAGGAGGCGAAUGAUUGUAGGGUCAGCAUCAGUUCACUCUUAAAACUUCCCAUCCACUUCAAACAAAGCAAUUACACGUAGUUCAGAAUUUUAAUCACAAAGACACUGGCUCUAAAACACAAUAAAUAUCCCAGAAAACAAAACCACACAAGUGAAGUGAGUCAAGGCCGAAGGCUCCCUGGACUCCGAGUCUGAAAUAAGCCCGGCAGGGGAGGGAGGCUCCUGUAGAGAGGUCAGCACCAAGAGCCGCCCAGCAGCCGGGAGGGAGCCCUUCAGAGGGAGCACAGCCUUGCAACGCCCUGAUACAGAACCUCUGGCUUCCAGAACCGUCAGAGAAUAGACUUCUAUGGCUUAAGCCACCGGGUUUAUGGUACUUGGUUCCAACUGAUGCAAAGGGAUAGAAAAGUCCCGCCCAAUCCUGGACUAAUGGCCCUUCUGCUUGAAUUUCCACUGGUUGAACUUUGGCUCCUAUCAAAGGGAGCCUGAGGUGCUGUCCCACCAGGCUGCAGAGGCCGGAAGCCAUCCUUCCCUGCACCUGCCAACCUUGCCGCCCAUGUCAAGGACAGCUAAAGCUUCGAAGUUACAAGAGUUCUGCUGCCAGCGGGAGGUUUUAUAAGACAAUGCCUGAAAGGGUGACUAGGUAAUUACAGCUUUCUAGAAAAAGAAACAUGUUCGCUUUUGCUGCCUGCAUUUUGGUGGCUCUGCCCUGCCACACCACCCUACUGGGCUCCUCCAGGCCCACGCUCCUGGCUCCCUGAGAAAUCUCCAUUCUCUUCCUAGUCACCUGUCCUUGCAUCGGACAUCAGAGUCCCCCAGCUCCCGCCGCCUGGGCCCUGCUCUCUGCGGCUCUGCAGCCAGGACACCUCGACCUCAUGUGCUGACCCCUGGAUCACUGGAUCUCUUCUGCGUGUAUUUUUAUAUUCAUCCUAUUAACACUUUUACACAAAAACCUCUGAAAUGGGAUUUAAAGGAAGGUGGCAGGGCUCUGGUCUGGCCACAGACAAGGUAUUUCGGGGAGCUCACCUCAAGUCCUGGCUUCCCCAUCGGGUGCGUCACUAUUGGCCACUCGGGACUGCUGCGGGCACCAGGUCAGAGAACCUGCUCCUGACUUUGAGAGACAGUGCAGUUCCUCUGCUGACGCUGCUCUCCUCGGUAGAGCAGAUUUCAGGGUGUUGACUGAGCUGUCAAUAGAAUCCAUCCAGGGGAAGAAACUGCAGAAUCUCCGGUCACGUCAUUCAGUUUUUUGUCACUUGUUUCUGUCAUUGUGCUACAAGCUGCUGCUAUGUUUCCAGGUAACGGAAGGCUCCAGAAGGUUGCACAGCCAGGCUGCCUCUCUGGCUGAUACUUGGGGAGGCCCAGAUUCCUGGCCAGACUGAAGGGAAUAAAAGGGGUCUGAGGUGACCUCGUUCCAGUUAGCUUCACGCACUGACAUUGCAAACUUCCUCCUUCCCAAAGGACCCCCUUAUGUGGGCAGGAGCACCGGAGGCCCACCCGGACCCAUCUGGGCCACUUGGCUAUGAGACUAGCUGCCUUCUGCCUGGGUAGAAUACUGUGGGCAGGGUCUCGGGCUGCAAGGUGCCACAUACCAGACACUUGCCAUCACCUGCCAUCCCCCUGAGGGUGCGAGGUGCACGCUAUUCCCUUGUUUCAGACUCUGCAUCACCUGUCCUGAGCCAGCCAGUGAGUGCCAGUGCCUGAGUCCUGAGCCAGCUGUCCCUGGGAGCCGAGAAACUGCCCCUGACUGCUGCCCCGUCUGUCCCCGUGCCCGGCCUCUGCUGGUCUCUGGCUUCUUAGUUCUGCCCAGUAUUUGAGAGACGGCUUUGUUGGCAUCCUUGCCUACUGGGCACCUUUUGUCAAUGUCUCCAGGCACUUGCACACAGUGUGCCAGCAUCACCUUUGGUUUUAGGAACCAGGCUAAGCUAAACUGGCCCCAGCCAAGUUCCCUGGGGUCAAACUCACAGAUCAGACCCCAGAGGAUGGCGGAGACACUUUAGGUUCUUGGGAAUUUCUGGGGGAAUUUUGUUCCUUGAAACUGCCGCCUCCAUUCUGGAGUUUGUCCUCUCUGCUCUCUGAGGACUCCGCGCCCUGUUUCCCGCGCAGGCGUUUGUGGCCACAGUGAAUUUAUCAACGUGCAGGGACUGCUUGGGCCCAGCUCUGCACUGGGAGGGACUGACAGAAUCCAGAAGAGCCUGUUUUUGUUGUUUUAUAAACCCCGUCCUGGAGAUAUAAACUAGGCUAAUAAAACAUCUUUUCUGUACAAUAACACAGUCAUUGAAGCAGACACAGGACUGCAGACAGCUCGGCUUCCUCUGUCCUGGCUCUGCUGCUGUUGCUAGAGGGAGGGAUGUUCUCGGCCUCCCGGCCUGCGGAGCUGCUGGAGAAGGUCUUCCAACACAUCCACGACCAUCAGGACGAGUUUGUCCAGACGCUUAAGGAAUGGGUGGCCAUUGAGAGCGACUCCGUUCAACCCCUGCCUCGGUUCAGACAGGAGCUCUUCAGAAUGAUGGCUCUGGCUGCAGACAAGCUCCGGCGCCUGGGAGCCAGCGUGGACUCUGUGGACCUGGGUUCUCAGCAGCUGCCUGAUGGUCAGAGCCUUCCAAUUCCUCCCAUCAUCCUGGCUGAACUGGGGAAUGACCCGAAGAAAGCCACAGUGUGCUUCUACGGCCACCUAGAUGUGCAGCCUGCUGCCCGGGAGGACGGGUGGCUCACAGACCCUUACACAUUGACAGAGGUGGAUGGAAAACUUUAUGGAAGAGGAGCCACAGACAACAAAGGCCCGGUUUUAGCCUGGAUCAAUGCCGUGAGCACUUUCCAAGCCCUGGAGCAAGAUCUCCCUGUGAAUGUCAAAUUCAUCCUUGAAGGGAUGGAAGAGGCUGGUUCCAUUGCCCUGGAAGAACUUGUUGAAAAAGAAAAGAACCGAUUCUUCUCUAAUGUGGACUACGUGGUAAUUUCAGAUAAUCUGUGGCUCAGCCGGAAGAAGCCAGCACUUACCUACGGAACCCGAGGGAACAGCUACUUCAUGGUGGAGGUGAAAUGCAGAGACCAAGACUUCCAUUCAGGGACCUUUGGUGGCAUCCUGAAUGAGCCGAUGGCUGAUUUGGUUGCUCUUCUUGGUAGCCUUGUAGACGCGUCUGGUCGUAUCCUGAUCCCUGGAAUCUAUGACCACGUGGCUCCUCUUACAGAAAAGGAAAAAAAUAUGUACAAAUCCAUCGAUCUGGAUGUAGAAGAAUACAAGAAUAGCAGCCAGGUUAAGAAAUUUCUGUUUGAUACAAAGGAAGAGAUUCUAAUGCACCUGUGGAGGUACCCAUCUCUUUCUAUUCAUGGGAUCGAGGGUGCAUUUGAUGGGUCUGGAGCCAAAACCGUCAUACCUGGCCGAGUUGUGGGAAAGUUUUCAAUCCGGCUCGUCCCUCAUAUGAAUAUGUCCGUGGUGGAAAAACAGGUGAAGCGCCAUCUUGAAGAUGUUUUCUCCAAAAGAAAUAGCUCCAACGAGAUGGCUGUUUCCAUGGUACUAGGACUGUACCCGUGGAUUGCAAAUAUUAAUGAUAGUCAGUACCUCGCAGCAAGAAGAGCAAUCAGAACAGUGUUUGGAACAGAACCAGAUAUGAUCCGGGAUGGAUCAACCAUUCCAAUUGCCAGACUAUUCCGGGAGAUUAUCUGUAAGAGUGUGAUGAUGCUUCCGCUAGGAGCUGUUGAUGAUGGAGAGCACUCUCAGAAAGAGAAGAUCAACAGGUGGAACUACAUAGAAGGGUCCAAAUUAUUUGCGGCCUAUUUCCUAGAGAUCGCCAAGCUGCAUGGGUGACUGCAUGGCCUCAGCUUCCUCUGCCUCCCUGACAGGUUCCAUUCCCUGGGCUCCCGACAGUGAUGGAAUCUAAAUUGCCAGACAAUUGGGGUCCAGGGAAGUGCAUUUUCCCUUCCCUUUAAAAUGUCUUGCGACAUUUGGACUAAUAUUAAAAUAUUUCAAAGGCAGACAUUGGAAAUGGCUUGCAGCCUCCGAUUGCACACCUUCCAAAAGUCACAGCGACCUGGAGCAACUUGAUUUCCCCAAGUCCUGUGCAAUGGCCCCCAGGAUGGGGCUCAUCCUAGCCUUUAAGCAUGAGCAGGGGAAUGCUUCAAUUAGUUUAGACUCUGACUUUGCAACUUGAUUGACGUCCUCAUUCCAGUUUGCUUUCUUGGUCCCUGACCAAUCAUUCCAUCCAAUGAUCACCUUUGCUUUACCACUCUUUCCUUUUAUCUGAUUAAUAAAAACGUUGGUCUCCACCACUGACUACGAUGAUUUCCCUGUGGAUUCAUUUUCAGAGGGGUGACUAAAGCACAGCACUAUGUUAACCUCUUGCCUCCCCUUCAUUUAUUUUUUCUUACCUCUUAAAAAGUUCUGAAGCUGA